GGAGUUCUGGUCCUCGGCUUCGGCAGUUGACUAUUGAAGGUAUUCUUUUAUGAUGCCGAUCCCGAUGCGAAGUUACUAACUGCUAGACUUUUUUACAUUUUUUUUGGAUUUUUGAAAUUUGAAGUGGACAAGCAGAUCUAGUACAUGCGCGCGCAUAUUGAAGAUCAUACGCAAGACGUAUGAUUAACUAUCCACGUCGAUCGAUGCAUGAGGCAGCAACGACGCAAAUGCGAUGAGUACGAUGCUUCUCUUGACCAGGUAGAAGUGAUUUAGAUUCUGGCUCCAUCUUUGUUCCACUUGUGGAAUAGAGCUCGUCAUCAUGAACAAGCCUCGCACCGCUAGUAGCGGCUCCGCUGCAGGUGGUCCGAACGCGGCCUCCAACAACACCGACUUCAACGGAAGUCGCAUCAGCCGUCUCAGCGCACAUCUGCACAAUCUGCCUAACGCACUAAGGCUCAGUCCUGGCAAAUCAGGCGCUUCCCCUGGAGGUGCCGAACCCCACCAAAUGCACCAAGUAAAGCAGCACCGCUAUCGACAGCUUAUUGAGCAGCAUGUGAUGUCGGAAGGCGGGAUGAUGAUAGGAGGAUCGUCACCUGGUGAGCAUGCUGUACCGUCACCACAUCAUGGAGGGGGCCACUUGGCAGGAGGAAGUAAAAGCCCAGCGAGUUUAGCGGGGAUGCGAAGUAAACACCUGGUCAAUGGAGGGAGUUUAUGGAAUUGUGAAUGAAGCCUCAUAAACAUAUUUUAUUAACAUUGUAGUAUGUUGUAGUGCAAGUGCAACAAAAGGUGAAUCUGAAUUUGAAUUACUACAUAAUUCUUGAAGAACUUCUUGAUUAACUUCGUGUUUCCCCCGUUCAUAUUCUUUACAAAGCGGCACUGGAGCAGGUGAGCACUUGGGAGGGAAUGCACCAGGAGGUUGCGAUUUGGUCUAUGUCAAUAGACUGGGAGGAUCGUACCAUCAACACCAACAACAGCUUCUCCAAAAGCAGCAUCCACUUUCACCGAAUGCUGGUAGUAACAUGGUCAAAGGUUCGCAACUGAGUACUGCUGCCACUCUCCUAGCAGGCAAUCAUUCAAGGGGCACAAAGAAAGAACCACCCUUCCGUCAAGGGGGUCAUCUGAUGCUAGUAAACAACAAUGGCACUCCCAGUCGUGUGAACUACAGCACUUCUGGUUCUGGCGGAGAUGGAGCAAGUACUUCAGCAAAUACCGCACGAGCGAGUGGCCCAUCUCCCACAUUUAGUCAGAAUAGUAGGGGUAGUGCUCCGGCUCGUUCCGAUCUAGGUGGUUCAACUUCGGCAGGACCUGGACCUACUGGAGGUGGAACGGGUUCUGGUGGCAUAAGUGUCAGCACUAAGCAUGUUUUGACAGCAGUGUCACCGGGAGAACAAAUAUCACCCAAAAAUCAUAGUCCUAGUUUCGGCACCACCCGAUCUCCAAGGUCUGGAUCUCGUAGAACCCCUCCAGUUGGCCAUCUAUUAUCGAGUUUGCGUAGCCCGCUUACCCCGACCCUCGAAGUAGAACCUGUAACCCCAGCAUCCUCAGGACAUCAAACGGGCUCAUCGUGGGGUGCCGCACCAAAUGGAGAGACCACGCAGACUGGCGGAGAUUACAAUAACGUUGCAGCACAAGAUCCACAAGUACUAGGCGGAGCACAAGUACUACAGCAACCAUCUUCAACUCUGAACCGUCAGCCAGGCACUGCUCAACUACCGGUUUUGACAAAUAAUCUUUUUUACAAUGACGAGCAAGGAGCAGGAGCAAUAGGAGGCACGAAUCAUGAGCAGCACAUGGUGAUUACGAAAGAGAGCGUUGUCGCAAGUAGUGGUCCUGGAGUUGCCUCUUCAGCGAAUGAAGUUCUACUAGUUCCUCCUUCUGCCGACGAUGACCUAGAGGUCGUUUCGGCUGCUAGCUCUCCUGUGCGUCCGAUCGGAAGCUUAUUAGGUGGUGCCAACUCUAUGAGCCCGAGUCCUAAGGUCAUGUCCUGUGCAGCAGGAUCAACUCCGGCAAAAGGCUCAGCUAUCGGCUUGCAACCACAGUUGCUAGUGGGAGAUCAUAUGAACUCACUGCUGAACAAAAGUGGUAGCGGUUCUGGGGAAGCGGAGUCAGCGAUGCAAAGGAUACUGGAGAAGCAUUUACCAAGUCUAAAUCCAAAUGCAGCUAGCAGUGAUAGUCCUCCACCAGCACUGCCACAAGAUGACACAAAAACAAGAACUAGAGACGACCAGCAAGCAGAAGAUCCUCAAGUUCUACCAUCAGAGCAGCAGUCUCUGAAGAUGCGGCACGAGAAGGCAGUUCUGAAGAGUUCACAUAGCUCAAGUGUCAGUUUAAGCUUGCAGAAGAACAAUGCCUUGUUGUCGGCAGCAGUAUCAAAACUCCUGUCAGGUGAUGACCGCUUCACCACGAACGGCAGUCGACUUGCUACGUCGGAGGAAGAAGAUCAUCAAAACAAGGAGCACGAUUUUGAAGGGGGUCGUACUAAAAACAAGGAGCUGCACGACACCAGAGACAGGAGAGUACUAGAAGUAGAAGACGGACACGUCGGCGUGGUCACUCUAGAUCCUGAUCUACCACUGGUGAAGACCAUCUCCACGACGUCAAACAAAGAAGAUACUAUUGAGAGGACGACGUCAGGUUCUUCAGGCACAAUUACAACAGGACUGGAAAGCUCAUCAUCGACGAGUGCAGCAUCUUCAUCCUCAGUGGCAAACACGCCGGGAGGAGGUCAAGCUGUCGCUAUGGACAGUGCAUUAUUGCAGCAACAGGGCCUUGAGAAUGGGGCUCGCGUAAUUCUUGAUCCAACUAUCAGAGCCUUGCAUCUUGGCGGCGCCAAUAUCGAUCAUUUACGAUCCAAUCUCCCUGUUGGCGGCAGUCGACCGGGUGCCAGACCAGCUGUCGACUAUCGCGACGUCGACUACUACGACACUGCACAUGAAAUAGAUGCGGCAAGUGAAGAGUUUGGAGGUGACCCAGCAUCCGCCUCGUCUCGUCCGAGUAGCAGUGCGAGUUUGGUGCUGUUGAAUGUGAAUAACAGUCGGGGAGGACAGAUGAUGGGUGGAGUGCCAUCACCGCACAGAGGAAGUAGAGGAGCGCCGCUUUUGAAUGGCAUGAUUUCUUCAGCUGCCAUGGCCGCUGUAAAAAACGGUAGUGCAGCUUUGAAGCAUCAACGAAGCAGUUGCACUUCUUCCAGCUCCGUUGGCCUGGUGCGUGGGACCGACUAUCUAGCGAAUGUUGGUUCUACUGCUGUAGCAAGUCCUUCCGGAGGCCAGCAGCCAUCGGGUACGUCACCACCACCUCAACAGGAACAAGCGCCUUUGGUGACGACGAUGUCGUCUGCUGGCGGAGCUAAUGCUCCGGGAGGCGCACUACCAAGUCCUAGCGCAGCAGGUCCUGCUGCAGCCGCGAACCAACAGGGAACACGUGUCUCGUCCGCUGCCUCACCGAAAAACCGGAUGCCAAUCAGAUCAUCCCUAGUCGGUGCCCGCGGACCCCAAGCCGUCAUACGAGAUCUAGAACAUACAGGGUUGAUUUCUAAACGGGCUAUGUCAAGACCAGGUAGCGCGUCGAAGUCACGAGGGGCAGGCUCCUUUUCUGGCGAUCCUAGUGGUGCGGGUCCUCCACCGGGUUCUGCAGCCGGCUCAACCCCGGGUCCGACUAGACGGAAGAGUUUGCGCGAGUCUUUUUUGAACGUGCCACCUAGUCGAGCAGGCGGUGCACGCAGUGGUAACCCCGAUUACACAUACGUAUUCAACAAGGGAAGGCCAACAGCCGACGAAGACCAAGCGUUUAGGCCUUCACUAGCGCGUCUUGGAAUCUGCUCGCCAGAGUAUCGCGACAGCCCUAGAGCAGACGCUGCGAACGCUGCGAAGAGUCAGAGCCACGAAGAUUCUGCCUCUUCUUCCACCUCAAAAAAUGCAAAGAAGCGAAGGCUGUUACUUAGGAAAGCAGCUGUUUUGCAAGAAAAGGCACGGCGCGAUCUGCUGCGGUCUAUGUCGAAGUUGAGGUGGUUUCGCGGCGUGAUCGGUUCUCAUAGCGCUGCUCUCGGUCUGACUCCCUCUACUACUAAAGUUAAGGGUAAGUACAAGAAAUCUCCCAUCUAUUUCAGAGUCAUCUUCUUGGUCCCGUGUUUAAAGGGACAAGGAGACCCAAGAAGAUGCUGCUGAAGAUGGAUUUCCAUUUUUAGUUCUAAUAAAGGAGGCGAAGACCACGCAGAAGGUGGAGGCGAUCACCAAGAGGGUGACGGAGAUCAUGUAGGAGCAGUGGGCGAUGAUGCGAGCUUGAUGACUACUGGACAAUCGUCUUCUGCAACUGGAACAGGUAGCUCAAGUACAAGUAGCCCCUUGAGACGUAACUCAUCUACAACUAGUACAACUGCAUCGUCUGCCGACAUUCGUGGUUUGCUCCUGCCUGGCCACAUAACCGAAGUAGAGAAGAUAGUCUUCGACGAAUCACGAAGAUACGAGUUCACUCCACGUGGGCCUGCGGCAAAGGCCAAGAUCCUGGCGCAGAUGCGCGCUGCGAGUCGGGUUAUUAGCGAUGCAGAGAGUGUUGAUAUAGUGGAGGGACCGCAACAGUUGCAGCAAUCUACUUCACCAGGGAAGAGCACCUCCUCGUCUUCUACAGCAUCGAAUCCACCCAUCCGUGGUUCUCUCGCCAGCACGUUGGACGCUCUGAAUGCUGCAAGCGCAGCUAUGAUCCAGCUCCAGCCUCAGGAUGAGGUGUUGUCAGCCGCUUCAGGGGAGCAAGUCGAUGUCAUGCACGGUGCAAUCCAAAAGAUACCUUCUAUUAGUACUAGCGGAGGAUCUUCUAAUCACUCCAAUUCCAAGAUCCUAGAUGAGACCACGCCAGCGCCAAUCCAAAUCAAGCCGCCUAAAACUAAGAAAUCCAGGAUAGCAGGAAAUCGGCACCCUCAAUCAGAAAGCAUCAGUCUGAUCCAAUCGGCGUUUCCGCAGAUAUUCGGACCCAGUUUGUACUUCGAAUACGCAGUAGGGAUUGGUGCCCCACGCGUACCAGAUCCUACGGCGGAGCCAGCGCCGACUGAACAAAUCGGCGGGUCUUCAUCCUCGACUGCGACCACACCUUCCAAUGUAGCUGUAGCGCACCAGACUACUUCAGACACUACUGGAACAGAAGAUGGUCCAAAAUCACCACAUCCGGCAGCUAUGGCCGCUUUUGCCCCAUCUAGUUUUGCUGCGGCUGCAAGAGCAUUUUCGAAUGCCGAUGGUGGCAAUGCGCCCGCCUCUUCAUCUGAAUCAGGAGAAUCAGCGAUACCUGCUCCAUCUUGUUCCUCAGACACUGCUGCGCAACGACCACUACAACCCCUGCAGGAUGAAAAAGACGUCGAAAAAGAGCAAGAGAUCCAACUACUGAGACAUAGUAGAGUAUUCAAAUAUCUCAAAAAAGAUGCGGUUCCCGAUAUGUACUGGAUGCACACUGCCAAAGUCCACGUGUACAACUCCGUUUUGAACAGCUUGAAGAAAGGAGGUCUCCAAUACGUAGAAACGAAGAAGGACAGCAUCAAUCCGCGAUUUUGUCUGAUCUGGAGUGCACACUUCAAGCCGGAGAAACUCAAGUAUUUUUUGCGAAUUUUGUAUUUGUUGCUUCUUACUGUGAUCAUGUGCGCUGAGCUCUAUUCAGGACGCAUGGUUCAUUCAUCAUUGAUGAAACUUCAAAGUAAAAAGAGGCACCUACAGCAUCUUGUUUACUACACGAUUAUAUAUAAGUUUUUCUGGUCCCAAAAGAACCUUGCGGAUCCUCAUCAGGACCUUCCACGGCAACCAGAAGACCAAUCACUUUCCGUAUUCUUGGUAUCUCGGAAGAAAAGACUUGAUGUGCCGAAAUAUCAUGCGCAUGCGACGACAGUGGCCUCAGGAAUUCAAUAUUACACCAGAAACUUUCAUCCUGCCAGAAGACGGAAAGAAGUUCAUCGAAGGCGUCAAAGGAGGAUCGACCCGUGGACCGACCAGAGACUUGUGGAUUUCAAAGCCAGUCAGCAGUAGUUGCGGGAAAGGGGUGAAGAUUGUGGGAGCACAUUCGACGGGGUACACCUAGUCCUAGAGCUAAUGACUUUCUCUAUUCGUGGUGAAUCGGGUGUGUGGUCCACCAUAAUCUUCUAGGUUUCAAUUUUGAUUUCCCCGUAGAACGAAGUAGAACGAGUCCUCCAAGAUUUCCAUUUAUUCCCCCCUCGCUCUCACCACCAGGUUAGAGCGUAUGGCGAAGCAGUACCGUGUUGUGCAGCGAUACGUGAACCCGCCUCUUCUGAUCAAAGGAUACAAAUUCGAUUUGCGUUUGUACGUGGUCGUGACCUCCUAUGACCCGCUUAAGGUGUACCUUUUCAAGGAAGGCUUAGUCCGCUUCGCAACCGAGAAAUACACGACAGAGCGAAGGUCAGACCUAAGGUGUCGGAAGGUGCAUUUGACGAACUACAGUGUUAACAAAAAGUCCGAGAAAUACCGGAAGAAUAUGGACGGGAAUGGUUCGGUGAACAGCACGCCAGUUGCGACGGGAAAACAAGCAGGCAGUGUCGAUCAAGAGAAGUCUGCGCAGAGUAGUGCGAAGAAAGUUGUUGCAGUGGCUGGUAAUAUUAGUGUAACUUUACUUAUGUUGAUUGAGGCCGUCCUGGAUCUCGAACUGAUCUGAAACCUCCUGAAAUUUCUAGAAGAAAAGUUUCAAGAUAUUCUAAAUCUAACUUGCAGCUUCGUUAUUAACAUCCCUUUUUCCACCGUUGCUGUCGUGUGGUCGCAUCAUUAUCAUAGUGGCGUUGACAAAUACAUCACGUCCUUGUUCUCCACAGCCACCUCGACGCCUCCUCCGCUCCACAGUCGGGGCACUCCCUCACCUAGUGGCAAAGGAAGUUCCAGCAAGGCAGCUGCAAAGUUGGUGGAAGAGGAAGAAGAGGAGGAGGAAGAGGAGGAUUUCUCCAAGCCCCCAAUGGGCGACGAAGAGUUUAUGAAUGACGAUGAAAACGGUGCUGAGGACGACGACGAUGACAGUGGAGACGAGGAUGACGCUGAUGUUGAGGGUGAAGAAGUCGAAAGCAAGUGGAGUUUGAGCCAAUUGGAGGAGUAUUUUCACGCCCAAAGCUUGGAUUACGACAAGUGUUUUGCGGAGAUCAAGGCUUUGGUAGUGAAGACGUGCAUCUCGGUGGAGCCGACGAUUGUGAGCACUUUGCACAGGAGCACCAACUUCGAAAACUGCGAGAAUUUGGAGGACACGAAGACGUGCUUCGAAAUCUACGGUUUUGACGUACUGAUCGACGCGAAUCUGAAACCAUGGCUGCUGGAAGUGAAUGUGUCGCCAAGUUUGAGCAGUUCGAGUCCGCUAGAUCGGAGGAUAAAAUCGAUGCUGUUGGCAGAUACGCUGACGCUUGUUGGUAUCUAUUAUUUGUAUUUAUUUCAUCGGAUUUCUGAUCCUCCUGAUGAUGUUGCUUUUCUUCAUACGUUUACCUUGAUCUCAUCUUCAACGUCUCAUCUUCAACGUCUCCCCAGGUUGGAAACCCUUCGAUGCAGCGGACAUUACGAAGGAUAAGAAGACAGCUGCCAAACAACGAAACGCCAAGCUUUCAAGUACAGCCAAAGGACCAAAUAACAAGCACAAGAGACUUGGUUCUGGAUUCUCAAAUCUCAUUCUCGGUUCAUUGGAGGACAAGAAGGAUCACGCGAAAGAGUUGUACUUGUGUUUGUGUAUGAAGAUAUGUUGCCAAGAACUAUGAUGUAGAUGUUGUAGAUCAUGUUGUAAUUGCAGGUGUUCGGGAUUGUUUCAUCUCAUGUGGAAUCUUUUUGACUAUCUAAGGCUUACUAACUCCAGCAUGGACCACGUCGAUGAGCUUUAGAAGAACUAUGAUUAAAUCAACUUAAGUUACUAGAAGUAGAAGAGUUAUUUUGUUGGAUAAAGACGUCUGCGGAAACAGGACAAAGACGGCAUGUGAAACUUUGAACUAACUCCAGCAUCCGACAGUUCGGGGAAUUAGAGUGGCGUUUGAUCCUGGACCACGUCGACGAGCUUUACCGCCGUGGCGACUUGGAAACCUUGUUCCCGCGCAACAAAGAAGCCGUUCUCCAGCUUUCCGAUUACCUGCCAACCCCACGCAUUUCCAAUCGGAUAUUAGCGAUUUUCUACAUCUGUGGUGGAGAACGCAUUUUGCGAUCCAGAACGCUGCAGGAGCAAUUGGGGCUCACCUACUUGCUGCAAAAAGAGAUUCUCUUGACGGCGGCGAAGGUGUGA